AUGUUCUCAAAGGCCCUUCCUAGGGCUGUUGCUCGCUCUACACGCUCCUUCCAUGCUUCCUCGUCUGUCGCAAAGGUCGUAGCUACCAAUCCUGUAAAGGCGGAGGAGGUCAAGUCUUGGGCUUCCGGGAAGUACCCUCUCAUCGAACACGAAUUCGACGCAGUCGUAGUAGGCGCCGGUGGUGCCGGUCUUCGUGCUGCUUUUGGUCUCGCUGAGGCGGGUUUCAAAACCGCUUGCAUUACCAAACUCUUCCCAACUAGAAGUCAUACUGUUGCCGCUCAAGGUGGUAUCAAUGCUGCUCUAGGAAACAUGACCGAGGAUGAUUGGCGUUGGCACAUGUAUGAUACUGUCAAGGGGUCCGAUUGGCUCGGUGACCAAGAUGCCAUCCACUAUAUGUGCAGGGAGGCCCCGAAUACAGUUAUUGAGCUUGAACACUACGGUGUUCCAUUCUCGCGCACAAAGGAGGGCAAGAUUUACCAACGUGCUUUCGGUGGUCAGUCUCUUAAGUAUGGCAAAGGAGGUCAAGCCUAUCGUUGUGCUGCUGCUGCUGAUCGUACCGGUCACGCCAUUCUCCACACUUUAUAUGGUCAAUCUCUCCGACACAACACCAACUUUUUCAUCGAAUACUUUGCCCUUGAUUUGAUCAUGGAGGACGGAGAGUGUGUUGGUGUAAUCGCCCUCAACAUGGAAGAUGGUACCCUUCACCGUUUCCGUGCUCACAAGACCGUUCUUGCCACUGGUGGUUAUGGACGAGCCUACUUCAGUUGCACAAGUGCUCAUACUUGCUCCGGGGAUGGCAACGCCAUGGUCGUACGUGCUGGUCUGCCUCUUCAAGAUCUGGAGUUCGUCCAGUUCCACCCUACCGGUAUUUAUGGUGCUGGAUGCCUCAUCACUGAGGGUUCUCGUGGAGAGGGAGGCUAUUUGCUCAAUUCUGAGGGUGAACGCUUCAUGGAGCGUUAUGCUCCCACUGCCAAGGAUCUUGCUUCUCGAGAUGUAGUCUCCCGUUCGAUGACCAUUGAAAUUCGUGAGGGCCGUGGUGUUGGUCCUGAGAAGGAUCACAUCUACCUCCAGUUAAGCCAUCUGCCUCCUGAAGUCCUCCACGAGCGUCUCCCUGGUAUCUCAGAGACAGCUGCUAUCUUCUCUGGUGUUGAUGUCACAAAAGAGCCCAUCCCCGUCUUGCCCACUGUCCACUACAACAUGGGUGGUAUUCCUACCAAGUUUACUGGUGAAGUUAUCACCAUCGACGAACAAGGAAACGAUAAAGUUGUUCCCGGUCUCUACGCUGCUGGUGAAGCCGCCUGCGUGUCCGUCCAUGGUGCCAACCGUCUCGGUGCAAACUCUCUUUUGGAUAUCGUCGUCUUCGGUCGUGCUGUUGCUCACCACAUUCGCGAUACUUUGACUCCUGGACUUCCUCACAAGUCCAUUCCCGAGGAGGCCGGUCUCCAGAGCGUCGAAUUCUUGGACAAGAUCAGAAACGCCAACGGUUCUGAACCCACUGCUAAGAUCCGCCUCGCCAUGCAAAAGGCCAUGCAGUCUGAUGCUGCUGUCUUUAGAACUCAGCAAUCCCUUGAUGAAGGUGUUGAGAAGAUGCGCGCUAUCUACAAGAGCUACGACAAUGUUGGUAUCAAGGACAGGAGCAUGAUUUGGAACUCUGAUCUCGUCGAGACUCUUGAGCUCCGCAACAUUCUCCAGUGUGCCAUCCAGACCAUCACCUCUGCCGCUGCCCGUAAGGAAUCUCGUGGUGCUCACGCCCGUGAGGACUACCCUGACCGUGAUGACGAAAACUGGAUGAAGCACACUCUUUCUUUCCAACGCGACCCUAACAGCCCAGAUGUUGAGCUCAAGUACCGCAAUGUCAUUGCCAACACCCUCGAUGAAGCCGAGUGCAAGCCCGUUCCUCCUUUCAAGCGUGUGUACUAA